UUGAAUCAUUAAGACAUGAGCGUAAUACGAAAAAUCAUUUUGUAUGGGAUUUUCUCUAUACACUAAUAUAUAAUGAUUCCGAAACUGUAUUUAUCAAAGCAUGUGACCAUUAUUGGAUCAAAAAUAUAGAUUUAAAUACUCAACUUACCUUACCAUCAAAAUUUUAUGCUUGGAUUCUGACAAAAUUCGGUGUGAAUGCGGAAAUCGCGAAACUUUGUUUUGAAGACAUAUUAAAAACACGAAUUAAUGUUGAUAAACAACUCCAACAAACUCCCAACAUUAAAAUCCCAAUUGAAAUGAAUCCAACCGUAUUCUAUGAACUUUGUGGUGCUCUAAGAACAUAUAAUGAAGCUAAAAACUUUUACUUGCCAUUACAUUUGAAUAUAAUCUCUCAAUGCGAGGCCACGGAAAUUCUGAUGCCAUUAUUUAAAUGCCAUCUACCUAAAUUAUUUAAGGAAAAUAUAAGCAACAAUAUGUUACAGGAAUGGAUGGGCGCACUAUAUACUUUAAUUUAUGAUACCGAUAAUUUAAAUAAAUCAACCGAGAUGUUUAAAAAUUAUGCACUUAAUUUUAUUAAAGAAAC